UUUAUAUGGAUAUUGGUUAUUUUUUGCGACAAGUACGGAUAUCCGUACCGAAAAUAUAACGGGUCGUUAAUGGCAUUUAGACUUUACCUAUAAAGGGAAAUAAUUCACAAUUUUUAACCAUGGAAAAUUAUGAGAAAGGUGAAGUUCAGGAAGUAGAAGAGCCGCCUGUAUUCACACUGGGAAAUAAAGAUGUACACAUGAGAGUUGCUGCAGGUAGCAAAAUUAGGAAUCUUAUGGGCUAUGCCAUGAAGAAAAUAAAAGAACCAGACACUAAGCAGCUAUGUUGGUCUGGCAGUGGUAAAGCUAUCACAAAGACUGUAUCCUGUGCUGAAAUCAUGAAAAGGAAAAUCAAAGGUUUACAUCAGAUCACAGAGAUCAGGAAGAGACGUGUUGAGGAGUACUGGGAACCAAAGAUUGAAGGUUUAGAGAGAUUGAAAGUGAACAGAGAUAUUCCAGCUAUUUCCAUAUUGUUGUCUAAAGAACCGUUAGAUAAAGAACACUCAGGAUAUCAAGCUCCAGGAAGUUUUGAUGAGUUUUGGAAAGAUGUAGUACAAAAAGACAAAUCAAGGUCAAGUGUAGGUCAGAGGUCUGCUGGUGGUCAGAAGAGAAAACAAGGGCUUAGGAAUUUACUUUUGGAAGGGGCCAAAGGAUCUGGCAAUGACGGGUCGAGAAGCAAAGCAAACAAUAACAAUGAAAAUAGAAAAAGAAAGUUUGAAAAUGAAAGAAAAGAAAGAGGAAAGUUUGAAGGACAGGGACAAGGCAAUAGAACUAAUCCUAAUAAGAAUAAAAGUGAUUCAUGGUUUAAGUCGGGGAAAGGUUCAGAGCGGAAUGAAGGACGAACAAAUAGUGAAAGAGGUCAAGAUAAAAAUAGAACUGUAUCAGGUGGAAAAACUGAGAAACGUGAAUUAAAUACACAAGAAACAAUGGAUACAGGCACCUGAUGUAGAUAUAAAUAAUGAUAAAUGUACUGGUAUAAUCAAUAACAAUGCUUCCAUCUUCCAUUUUGUUAAAAGGAAGUGUUUAGCCAGUGCCAUCUUCUAAAGGUUUACAGUACUUUGUGCAGACACACAAAGUUUUUCAGAGAUGAUUUUGAACUAUAGUAUUAAAAUUAUAUACACCAUUAGGGAAGCUUGUUAACAGUUUUUGCAAAAAAAGAAUGAAAUAUCUUUAUUUUCAUGAGA